CCUAACAGAGCACAUGCUGAUAGCAGCAUCCUCAGCAGGCCAUGCCAUCACCCUUCCCUAUUUCGCUCUCUCCUUCUUCCGACAGAUGUGCUGCUACAAAGUGCAGUAAUAUGGCUCAAGGCAAUCACACCAUGGUGACCCACUUCAUCCUCCUAGGACUGACGCGUGAGCCUAAGCUGCAGACUCCUCUCUUCAUCAUCUUCUUCAUGAUUUCUCUCGUCACACUGGUGGGCAAUCUUGGGCUGAUCACACUGAUCAAGACAAACCCCCAGCUGCACACCCCCAUGUACUUCUUCCUCUGCAAUCUGUCUGUUGUUGAUCUUUGCUACUCUUCCGUCUUUUCUCCAAAGCUGCUUGUUGGCUUCUUGGUGGAAAAGAAAAACAUUUCUUACUCUGCCUGCUUUGUCCAGCAUUUCUUUUUCCUUGUGUUUGUGACCACAGAGGUGCUCUUGCUGGCUGUGAUGGCAUACGACCGCUAUGUAGCCAUUUGCAACCCGCUGCUCUACAUUAUUUCCAUGCCCAAGAGGGUCUGCAUUCAGCUGGUGGCUGGGUCAUAUGUUGGGGGGAUUUUGAACUCAUUAAUCCAAACAUGCUGCUUGCUGCUGUUGCCUUUUUGUGGACCCAAUGUCAUCAACCAUUACUUUUGUGACACCAACCCUCUGCUGAAACUCACCUGCUCUGAUGACCACCUCAACGAGCUUCUGCUUGUAACCCUCAACGGGACCAUUUCCAUGUCUGUGCUCAUCAUCAUCCUCAUCUCCUAUGUGCACAUCCUCUUCUCAGUCCUGAGGAUGAGGUCUGCCGAAGGAAGGCACAAAGCCUUCUCCACCUGUGCCUCCCACCUCCUGACUGUGACCUUGUUCUACGUGCCCGCGGGGCUGAGCCACAUGCAACCGGGCUCCAAGUACUCGCUGGAGAUGGAGAAAGUCACCGCCCUGUUUUAUACCCUGGUCAUCCCGAUGCUCAACCCUCUGAUCUACAGCUUGAGGAACAAGGACGUCAAGGAUGCACUUAGAAAAUCGACAGCAAAUAAUAUUUUUGAGGAUGUGCCAUGAAAGGUAAGAAAAGGGAGAAGCAGAGACCGCUGAGAUGCUGGGGGAUGAGAGCAGCAAGUGCUGUGCCCUAGCAUCAGGAAGAUGUGAAAUCAGUGAGUGAAAAGAACGCCCCAGCAUGGCUGUGACUGUGCCAAAAAAACCUCUGCUGCUUUGCCUCCAGCCCUGGAGGGACCUUCCACUGUGCAGCUGGGAGCUUUUCCUGCUGAACUCCCAGGAAUUUUCCUCCCUGGGGGAUGAAAGCUGCGGCUUGUCUCUGCCUGUACCCGACAGCAUAGCAGGGCUCUUGGCCGCCCGCAUGGAUCUCAUCCUACACCUUGCUUCCUACAGCUGCAAGAUGCUUAACUCAGCCAAACGGGUUUGUUCUGCGAGGGAAACAGGCUUCACCUUCCAUCUGCUUUAGGAGGAGAAGCAGCGGCAGCAGGGAGUCGUAUUUCUCCCUGUUAGCAAGGAGUUUAGCAGGAUUGACUGUAACUAGCAAUGAAGAAAUUUUUU